AUGAGCAGCGCUACUAAUCGCAUGACGCUCUUAUAUAGGGUUUGAGGCGAGCAAGCUAAGCAAAGCGUGUUCUUGGCGUCCAUUCUUCCACAGAUCGAUCCAAGUUCCAACCAUGGCCGCAAUUGCGGGAGCAGCGUCCGUGGCAGCGCCUUCUUUCGAAGAGAUUUCGCGAAAAUCUCGAUUCCUGGGAGAUGGCGUCCCAUCCGCGGCAGCAGCGGCUCCGUCGGCCAGGCCGUCGAGGAGAUCUCGCAGGAGCUUGCGCGUCCAGGCCAAAAUCCGAGAGAUCUUCAUGCCGGCGCUCAGCUCCACCAUGACCGAGGGGAAGAUUGUGUCGUGGAUGAAGGCCGAGGGCGACAAGCUGAGCAAAGGCGAGAGCGUUGUGGUGGUGGAAUCGGACAAGGCCGACAUGGACGUGGAGACGUUCUACGAUGGCUACUUGGCCUCCAUCGUUGUGGGAGAGGGAGAAGUGGCUCCCGUGGGCGCUGCGAUUGGAAUUCUCGCCGAGAGCUUGGACGAAGUUGCCGAAGCAAAGGCGAAGUUUGCAGCGUCGUCUGGAAGUGCUCCUCCUCCUGCUCCGCCUCCAGCAGCGAUUGAUUCCAUUGCUCCCGCUGCUCCAGUCUCGUCGCCACCGCCGCCGCCGCCGCCACCCUCGGCAGCUCCAGCUCCUGCUGUGGCUGCUGCUACUCCUGUGGUUUCAUCUCAUCCUGCGUCGCAAGGAGGAACGAGGAUAGUGGCUACGCCAUACGCGAAAAAGCUUGCCAAGGAACUCAAGGUGGAUCUGGCUGCUGUCGCUGGAACUGGUCCCUCGGGCAGGAUCACUGGAGCUGAUGUCGAAGCAUCCACUGGAAAAGCUCCUGUUACAGCAGCUGCUGUCACUGCCGCUCCGGUGACCGCCGCUCCUUCUCCAGUUUCGUCGGCUCCAGCGGCUGCUCCAGCCCCAGUUCCGCUGGGAUCGACCGUUCCUUUCACUGGCAUGCAAGCGGCAGUCUGCAAGAAUAUGGUGGAGAGCCUCUCAGUUCCUACUUUCAGAGUGGGAUACACGAUCACCACCGACGCUCUCGACGCGCUCUACAAGAAGAUCAAAUCCAAGGGAGUGACCAUGUCCGCUCUCUUGGCCAAGGCCGUGGCUUUGGCAGUAGCACAGCACCCCGUGAUGAACGCUAGCUGCAAGGAUGGGAAGAGCUUCACGUACAACGCCAGCAUCAACAUCGCCGUUGCAGUAGCGAUUGACGGCGGACUUAUCACCCCCGUUCUGCAAGACGCCGACAAGCUGGAUAUCUACAGUCUAUCACGGAAGUGGAAAGAGCUCGUUGACAAGGCUCGCGCGAAACAACUCCAGCCCAGCGAGUACAACUCAGGAACUUUCACUUUGUCAAACCUGGGGAUGUUUGGCGUUGAUAGGUUUGACGCGAUUCUCCCACCCGGCACGGGAGCGAUUAUGGCUGUGGGAGCUUCUGCUCCAACUGUUGUGGCAACUUCAGAUGGUCUGUUUGGAAUCAAGAACCAAAUGCAGGUGAACAUCACUGCGGAUCACAGGAUCAUCUAUGGCGCGGACGUAGCAGCAUUUUUGCAGACACUAGCGAAGAUCAUCGAGAACCCUAAGGAUCUAACUCUAUAAAUUCUCUAAAGAGUUUUUUUUUGUUUUUUGAUGCGCACACUCGCAAUGUUCGCUGCUAAAAACCCAAAAGAAUAAGAAAUCGUUUUUACCAUAA